AUGAGACGAUUGCUGCAUUACAAGUAUUUGCCACCAGAUUAUGAGCAGAUACUAUUUCAGCAGUACCAGGAUUGCAGACAAGGGAGUCGGACGGUUCAAGCAUAUGUUGAGGAAUUCCACAGAUUAUCUUCUCAUAAUAAUUUGCUGGAAACAGACGCGCAACAAGUCGCUAGGUCCAUUGGAGGAUUGCGCUUAAAUAUACAAGACCGAGUUUCAAUGCACACCAUCUAUUCCUUAACAGAAGCCAUUAAUUUGGCUACAAAAGCAGAGGCACAAUUGGACAGGACAAGAGCAAUGGACGUGGCAAGGAACCCUGUUGAUUCUAUGCAUGCUGCAGCACACAAAGGAAAGUUCCCACUAAACCCUCCACCUCCCAUGUCCAACUUUACAAAAGGGCUAAGUGGUAGCAGAACGCAGAUGACGACUGCAGGAGUAGUGCCUCCAGAAGCACCAAGGAAUCCCUAUUUCAUACCAACUUUAGAUAAAUGCUAUAGGUGCGGACAGCCAGGACAUCACUCUAAUCAGUGUCCAAAACGGGGAGUAGUGAACCUGAUUAAGCCAGGAGAGGGAACAGACCUAGAGGUAGAAAGGGUAGAGGACGAGACUGAGUACACCUACGAAGAAGAUGAAAUUACAGGGGGAGAUGAUGGAGAGUUACUUUCACGUUCUCUGGUAGUUAGAAGACUUCUGCUGGCACCGAAACAGAUGGAGCAGUCACAACGUCACAACAUAUUUCGAACCCGGUGUACUAUGAGCAAAAAGGUAUGUGAUGUUAUUAUUGAUAGUGGCAGUAGCGAAAACAUAAUCUCCAGAACAAUGGUAACGAAACUAGGUUUGAAGACGGAGAAACAUCCCUCACCCUAUAAAAUUGGCUGGAUCAAGCUGGGUGCAGAGACAAAAGUUACUGAAACUUGCCUAAUUCAAUUCUCCAUCGGGAGAAAUUACAUGGACGAGAUUACUUGUGAUGUUGUCAAAAUGGAUGCCUGUCAUAUGAUUCUAGGCAGGCCAUGGCAAUAUGAUGUGGACGUUACCUACAAAGGCCGUGAUAAUGUAUAUGUCUUCAUGAGAGGAGGGCAGAAGGUAGUGUUGGGUCCUCUAAAAAAGGACUUCUCUGUAGUAGAGACGAAGGUGAAGGGGAAGCCAAUAUUGCUAGUUGAUGGAGGGACAUUUAUAGCAGAAACCAAAGGGGCUAGUGAGGACAUAAUACCAGCAGAUUUACCAAAGGGGUUACCUCUCAUGCGCGAUAUUCAGCAUCAAAUUGAUUUAAUUCCCAAGGCUAGCCUACCAAAUCAGCCACACUAUCAGAUGAGUCCGAAAGAGGGUCUUGUCCUACAGGAGCAGGUGGAAGAGCUAUUAAAAAAGGGGUUGGUUCAGGAGAGUAUGAGUCCUUGUGCAGUACCAGCCUUGUUAGUACCAAAGAAAGAUGGUAGCUGGCGCAUGUGCAUCGACAGCCGAGCUAUCAACAAGAUCACCGUUAAGUAUCGAUUUCCUAUUCCUCGACUAGAGGAUAUGCUAGACAUGCUGGCCAGUUCCAAAAUCUUUUCAAAAAUUGACUUAAGGAGUGGAUACCAUCAUAUUCGAAUCAGGCCCGAGGAUGAAUGGAAAACCGCUUUCAAAACGAAAGAUGGUUUGUACGAGUGGUUGGUAAUGCCGUUUGGACUAACCAAUGCCCCAAGUACUUUCAUGCGGUUAAUGAAUCAGGUACUCAAACAAUUUACUGGCAGCUUCGUUGUAGUAUACUUCGAUGACAUAUUAAUUUAUAGCCGGAGUGAAUCUGACCACCUUGAGCACUUGAGGAAGGUACUUACGGUUUUACAGCAGAACAAGUUAUAUGUUAAUUUGAUGAAGUGCAAAUUCAUGACCAGCAGUUUAUUAUUUUUGGGAUUUAUUGUGAGUGCUGAUGGGAUUAAAGUUGAUGAAGAAAAGAUUCGAGCCAUUCGGGAUUGGCCUACCCUGAAAAAUGUUGACGAAGGGCGUAGCUUUCAUGGCUUAGCCAUAUUUUACCGACAAUUCGUCAGGGAUUUUAGCCGAAUCGUCGCGCCAAUCACUGAAUGCAUGAAGAAAGGGAAAUUCCAUUGGGGAACUGAAGUAGAGCACAAUUUUGCACUAAUUAAAGAGAAGUUAUCUUCUGCCCCAGUUUUGGCACUACCAGAUUUUGAUAAAUUAUUUGAGGUGGACUGUGAUGCUUCUAUCAUUGGUAUUGGUUCUGUUCUAUCUCAAGAAAGUAGACCCAUUGCAUUCUAUAGUGAAAAACUUAAUGAGGCUUGCCAUAAGUGGUCCACCUAUGAGCGUGAGUUGUAUGCUGUAUUUCGAGCUUUGAAAGUUUGGGAGCAUUACUUAGUGCAGAGGGAGUUCAUCCUAUUCAGCGAUCACCAAACACUGAAAUUCAUUAACAGUCAGAGUACUGUGAACAGAAUGCAUGCUCGUUGA